UUGGAACUCUACGGUGGCAUGGCACUGCAUAACGCGCCAAGGCCAUGAUCUUAAUGAAGUGUUGCGGCCACAGAAAACGUGGUUCGGCUGUUUCGUGUGUCGGGAAGCAGCUUCAUUAACAGGUCAGAGCGCUGGGAGCUAUAGCUUGUUCCCCCUUUGCGACAGCCAAGAUUGGCGGUCCCCGACUAGCAGCCAGAGGAAGGCUGCUGUUGUGGCAUCAGAAAAGAUUUCAAUUUUCGUGUCCACGUGCGUCUCCGUGUGACGUGAAACCAAAUCGGAACCAGUCAGACAUGCCAGCUGGACAUCGUUGGUCCAAGAGGAUACGCGCUGCAACGUAUUCUUUCGGCGGUUGUCGCCUUUGCUUUGCGGUGGUGUAUACGGAGUUUUCGGUAUGCUUGAGCUAAUAAUGUUGCAUUCACCCACCUCCACUUUUACGGCUCGACACUGGCAUGUGGCCCUGUUGCGCUGUUUCAUUGACUCGUGGACGUCAUCGGCUUUGGACAUGCCAUUUUGGAUCACAAAGUGGCUGGGCGAACGCCGUUCUGUUACAAUUAAGUCGCGAGCACCAGCAACUAUGGCGCGACAAAAUAACGUGACAGUUGACUAAAUCAUCGCUCUUCUGCGUGUCCUGCGUUUGGCACGGAGGCACACAGAGCAACUUGCCGAGUGCUCCUGUUUAGGAUGUCUUCGUUGUUGACAGCCUGUUUGUGCGCGACACUUGACUCUCUGCUUACUGGGCAGAUCAUUUCCCUACUACACACAGACAUCAUGAUGAAGGAAGAAGCACCCGGGCCAUCUCCGGCAUUAGUUCCUUCUGCGGAGUUUGCCGAGGAGUUACAGACAAGUGGUUCAUUCGACCGUGAAAAACAAGAGCAGCGGAACGUCACGCCUUUCCGCAAGGGGUCACCCUGGAACUUUUGGUCGAGUGCAUUGUACCAUUGCGGAGGUCGCAGAGCAAGAAAGGGGAUUGUCAUACUUGGGAGCUGCUUGGUUAUGCUUGGGCUCAGUUCGUCUCUGAGUUGGAGUUGCACAUAUCCCUACAUGUUUGCUUACCUUCAACAUGCAGGCAGCACGUGGCAGUACAGGCAUUGCGCGUGGGUGUCUGUCAUGCAGCUGGCUGGGCUCCUGAUGACUCUGCCGCUGGGCAGUAUGCUUGAAACUCGGAUUGGCCCUAGGUGGACCGUGUGUCUCGGCGCUCUCAUUGGAUUCAGUGGCUCUUUCGGUGUUUCGUUUGCCGUUGGUUCCUACUGGGCAAUUUUGUUUUUGUAUGGGUUAGUUCAGGGGAUGGGAGCAGGCUUGCAAAUGGCUCCGGCUUCUACCGUGCCCUUGCGGUGGCAGCCUGACAAGGUGAAUCUUCUCCUGAAUCUUCGUUGUACUGCCUUCAUGCUCGGACCUUGCAUUUUCAUUCCGAUGAAUAUUCUUGGGGCAGACUAUUCAUCCACGCCAACAACAAUACAUUCGGUAUCAGAUAGCAUGAGAUCGGAUUCGGGCACAGUAACGGGACAGCAACAACUCGUGACUUCGCAGGCGUACCUUUCCUUUCCCUCAUGGGGCCCGUCAAUUCUCCAGGCGGUGGCGGGCGUUACGCUUGCACUUCAGCUUUGCGGUGGAGUUUUGCUCGAUAAUCCUCCAUGGACCCAAAGAUGGCAGCGUCGACAUGUCAACGAAGGACAGCUGGAGCGGAAACCUGCAAGUCCAGUGACACCUUCUGUGGAGACGUCCAUUCAUUCAUGUGUAGCAGAUUCAUCGGACGUAAAGAAACCUGCCUCACAACAUCAGCCACGCGCUGCAGUAACAAAUCGUCUUUUGCCUGGGGAAUCCAUAUCAGGCUUUGUCACGAGAUGUAGUACUUUGCGGCAAGCGUACCUGGCCCACUUCAUCGUGCCCUUCACGGUCUCAGACGUGUCUGGUAUGACGAAGCGGUUGGACGAACUUUUCAUACAAAAACGAUCGGUCCCGUCAUGGGCUCGCGGCUUGCACGGGAUCAGCUUGUCCCUAGGGGAAUCAUUACGGACGACGCGAUUCUUUUUUCUGUGCUUCGUUUCGUCCUGUCAUUUCUUCUACUUUGUAUCACUGUACACUUACUGGCACGUUGCCGCUGUCUCCUUCAGUAUACCUCAAUCUAAGCUACUGUUUCUUUCGAUUAUGUUAUCCAUAUUCGCUGUUCUCUGCUGUCUGUAUUGGGGAGAAUAUAUCCGUGUAUUUACAGUGGGGACCGGUUUGGUCAUGACAUCUUCCUUGUGUUGUGCGUCUUCAUGGCUUUUCGGAAUGGCAGCUAGUAGUAGUCAGGCUGCAUUCACGAUUGCAGUAGCUCUCUGCAUAUUUUCUGCAGUAGGGGUGGUCGCACUGGUGGCUCAAGGCGCCGCAACUGCGUUUGGUCCGCGGCCUCUGGGCUUCGUCUUGUACCUUCUUCAGUCCUGUGCCAUGAUCGGUGGUGCCGUUCUCUCUGGAGUUACAGCAUUAUUCUUCCUAGACGGCAGCCAUUUGUCUUUCACCCGAUUUGCCAUUCUACCCGCAAUCCUGCUGACUAUCAUUUCGUCUGCGCUAGUGGCCGUUAGAUGUUUCUUUCGGGGGAAACUUACCUUGCUCGACGCACCUGUCCGCCGCCGCUGCACGGAAGUCGAAGCCGACGAAGAUGGAGCAACUUCUCAGUCGCCGCACGAUGAACGCAUCGACUUGGAAUCGUCCGACGACGCAUAUACCGACGAUGAAACGCGUCCGCUUAACCUGGCGGCAGUUAUACGGGAGUAUCAGGAAAGUGCUCAGCGGAGGCACAGUGCCAAGACAGAAGAGACGAUCUUGUCUGAAACAGAAGGCUAUCAUGAUGCAGACAGCCCGUUGCAGUUUCCGGUCGGUGUUGAUCCCGCUCACAUAUUUCCAGCUGAGGAAGACUGGGAUGAGGCUGAAUUGAGUCUCUCUUCAGCGGAGGAGACUGAUUCCGAGCCGGGUGGUUCAGAUAAGUAGACUGGAGUGACUGUCCGCGAUAAGGUCCCAGGAAGGACACUGCAGGAACAAUAGGGAAAUUUCAGACAAAAUGCAGUUUGCUGAGACCCGGAAAAGCGGGAAUGCUUAUUGAACUGCCUCGCCAAACUCUCCGGAUUAUUGCAAGAACGGCUGCUACCCGCCAGUGCUGGAAUAUGUUGCGAUCCCCCGAUGUCCCACUCCGUAGCCUUCUUACAUUUCUGGAGCUGAAACAACGUCGUGGGCCACAGCGCGUAUGCUUGUCCAUCGGAAUUGCCUUUGUCAAUGAAGGCAGCACAUAGUCUUUUCACGUUUGGAU